UGAUAUUCAAGGGAGGAUCGUCCUAUCACAACUGUUCAAUGGAUAUAUUGCAGGGAGAGGGGGGGGGGAUUGAUUGCUUUAUCUUUGAAUGAAAAUUGAGAUAUUUUGAUAAAGUACGGCGUUAAGUAGUUGAAAAUUCGGGGGUUGCGCCUCACUUAUGGAUUUUUUUUUAAAUUUCAUGGUAAAAUAAUGUAUGGCAGCACUUCCGUAAACCUCUCCCUUUAAAAUCGGAAAUACGACGUCCCUCAAAAAAAUGAUAGGAAAAAUUUCGGUUUGCACUAUGAAAAAACACUGCACGUGUGCGUCAACAUCCAAUCAGAGUGACGGAACUCUAGAUUUUUUCUGUGUGUAUACGCGACCCGUCCAUUUCAUUGGUUGACGUCUGUCCACCCACAGAAGAAUUUAUAGGUUAGAACUUAGAGGAGAGUACGUACUUAAAAAUUUUCAACGGUAACUUGGAGCACUCUCGGGUAUUUAAUAUAUUGUGUUAAGUUUGUUGAGUAAUUGGACUUGGAAGCCUGAAAGCCUGAAGGAUGGGAUUUUACCGCCAAAUUAUUCAUCUUCGUGAUCCUCGUCUUGCUGUAGCCGCUGCCUGCACUUUACGUCGCCGUCGCCUCUUCCUCUACAUACUUUAAGGUUUUUACUGAGUGUCAGAAGCCACCAGCGUUUCAAGUGUAGUCCAGUCAUCAUCCUUUUCAUACCACUGUAGUUUUGGGAAGCAUGCCGAGCAGGAGUGGAUAGUUCAGUUUGCGCACAUGGGCCUAACAUAGGUUUUUACUGAGUCCCAGAAGCCACCAGCGUUUCAAGUGUAGUCUAAUCAUCAUCCUUUUCAUACUACUGUAGUUUUGGGAAGCAUGCCGAGCAGGAGUGGAUAGUUCAGUUUAACAACCUGGUCCUAACAAAGCUUUGCCUCCUAUCACUCUGUCCUGGUUUCUCUCCAAUUCGCCCAGACAUUUGAUAAACAUCUCUGUCAAUCUCGUGCCAUAUGAUCCAUGCUCCUAGAGAAAAAACAAAGGUGAUCGGGAGUUAACUUUCGAAGCCGUCUUGCUCGUCAAUCUGACACGUUACUUUACUUGGUACAGCUGUGAUUGCAAAUAUAUCGGAAACGAUGGCUGACCUGCAGGCAUACUUGCAGGAAUGUUUGGCCACUUAUUUUGCCAGACAAGCAGUCCAACCUGCCCCAUCAACAAGUUCAACCUCUCCACAGGCGGUAAUCGGCACUGAUAAUGGAACAGGGCUUUUGCCACCUCCCGCAGCCGCUGGAUCGUCUCCAGUUGCUUCUCCGGCUUCGAUAUCAAAUACACAGCAAACACCCCUCUCUCUACAAUAUCCCGCAGUCACAGUUUCUUCAAGGACUCCUGUGCUUUCUAGUACCUCAGCGACACCACAGCCUCAGUCGCUUCUAUCAGGGGUGGUUUCAUCACAGGCUCCAUUUCUUUCAAGCUGUUCGUCAACACCUCAGUCUCAGUCACUUCCUCCUUGCACAGUUUCUUCUCAGACACGGAUGCUUUCUAGUGCCUCAGCAACACCACAGCCUCAGUCGCUUCUAUCAGGGGUGGUUUCGUCACAGGCUCCAUUUCUCUCAAGCUGCUCGUCAACACCUCAGUCUCAGUCACUUCCUCCUUGCACAGUUUCUUGUCAGAUGCCGGUGCUUUCUAAUCUCUCAUCUACGCUUCUAUCUCAGUCACUUCUUCCAGGUAGAGCGUUUUCACCAACUCCAGUCCUUUCUUAUGCCUCAACUCCUUCGAGCUCCCAAUCUCAGUCAUUUUUUUCAGAACCUCUGAGAAUAACAAAUAUACUUACACCUCAGCUGACACCAACGACCAGUUCAACUCUACCAGCUUCUACUCCAGUUUUCUCGAGGCAGAACUUUGGCCGCAAGAGAAAGCAAAGUGUGCCCAGACCAGAACUACACCCGACAUUCCAUAGACGGGCAAUUUUGCUUCCCCUCCCAAACCUGGAGCGUAUAACGAAAUGUGCCAUUAAUUUCCUUUUCAAAAUUAAAUUCGGGUAUAAGUCAACCGAGUGGCGGAAAGAAUGGGACGAAACUCAGGUUCUGUCUCAUGUGGAGAGUUUAUUCCCAAUGCUGCAACACCGAAGAUUCUUGUUUCAGGAUAAAGGGGUGCAAGGAGAAAUCAUUCCGUUGAAUGUCGCUCCAGAUAAGCGUUUAGAUGGAAGGGAAUUAUUCCGCAUCACCUCCACAUGUGUAUAUAUUGCACCGGAAGCUGAUUUACUCUCUAAUGAGUUGAAGCAGCAGUUCUUGGAAAUUAACAACAAGAAAGAAGUGGAAAAAGCAAGGAAGGAUGCGCGUAAAAAAAAACGACUCGAAUCUGACAAUGAUGAUGACGAUCUGGAUGACCCUUCCUGUUCCACAUAUGUCAUUGUUAAUGAUCAUCAUAACCAGAUGGGUAAUGAGGCUGGCCCUUCGAAUGCUGUGUUCGAAAUGAAUCCCAAUCAUGUGGCACCUGACGAGAUUUUUGAAGCCGAAGAUGGUGUUUUUCACUUAAUAAGUGGUGACACUGUUUCUAAGCGAUCCUUUGAGUCAACGGACUCACUAUUAAUGUUUUUUAGUGAAAAAACUGCUAAGAUUCCUUUGACGCUGCACUUGGAGCGGAAGAAUCUUUUUGAUCAAACCAUCGCAUUUUUCAAAAGUGGAGAGUUGAAAUGGAAUUGCAAAUUAUUGAUAAAAUUCAAUGAGGAAGGCGGUUUUGAUGUAGGAGGUGUCACUCGUGAAUUCCUUGAUGAAUUAAUGCACGAAAUUAGAGGUAACAAUAAUUUAUUCGAGGGAGAAAUUCACCGAAGCUUGAAAUAUUCUCAGAAGCUAUUGUCAAGCAGAGUUUAUUACUAUGUAGGUCAAAUCAUAGUCCUUUCUUUGUUAAACGGAGGACCUGGUCCACACUGCUUUUCGCCUGUGUUGUACAAGUUACUCACUUCAGAUGUUGUUCAAGAUUCUUUAAUCAAGGAAAACGUGCCGAAUCCGCAUUUUGUGCUUGCCAUCAAGUAUGCUGAGGCCGCCCAAAGUCUAAUUCAAUUGAAUCAAGUAAUAGCUGAACAUACACUGUUUGAAUUGGCUGGCAUCGAACAGCAACUCGAUGGAGUCACCUUAGAAGAUGCCAAAAUUAGUGUUGUUAAAGAAGCAGUCGAGUACGUGCUGAAAGAGCGUGUGGAAAAACCACUAACCCAACUUAAAGAAGGGCUGAGCCCUAUUCUGGAUUUGCUAGAGGAGAAUAAGGCGUUAAUGGAACCCGUUUUUGUAGCGGGGAAAUUGCCCCUGACUGCAGAACGGUUAUACCGUUUGUUUAACCCUGAAGCUGCAACAGAUGAAGAGGAAAACGUUUCCAGGCAUUGGCGCAGAUUUUUAACUGAUUGCGAACGUGGAGAAUCUGUCGUCUCCCUGGCUGCUGUUUGCAAGUUUGCUUGCGGACUCAGGGAACUGCCACCUGGAGGCUUAUAUCCAGCACCUUUCUGCCGUAUAACGAAUAGCCUUCUACCUGAAGCCUCUACAUGUAACAACGAAAUAUCCAUUCCCGACAUAGUAACCUAUUCUCAAUUUAAAGAGAGUCUAGAAUUAGGAGUUAAAGGUUCAGAAGGGCUGAUCUCCGAUUAACUCUGAUCGAACAAAAUUGUGCCGAUGAGCCUGUUGCAAACUUCAGCUGUAGCCUUGAAAGUAGUUUAAUCCUGUACCAAAUUUCUAGAAUUUCUAAAAAUUUAAGCGAAGAUCCUGUAGCCCCAAACUGCUCUGCUUUUGGGAGGGCCAUGAAAAGAAACCACUGAUUUAUAAGCAAACGUUGCAACGUCUAUUGCAACAUUGGAAAAUUCACUGCGCGGUGAAUGUGUUGAACCAGCAAGGCAUAUAGAACCGAAGUGGCUACUCCCACUGGGAGUGAAGGGUAGGGGUGGGUAAACACCACUGUUUCAUAUACUAACGUUGCCAUGUCCAUUGCAAUAGACGUGGCAACGUUGGUAAAUGAAACAGUAGUGUUUGCCAACCCUCCCCCUCCUUUUCCCACCCCUCACCCCUCCUUUUCCCACCCCUCACCCCUCCUUAUCCCAUUCCCUCCUCUCCUAUCCCCCCCUCUCCUCUCCUAUCCCCUUCCCUUCUCUCCUAUCCCCUUCCCUCCUCUCCUAUCCCCUCCUCUACCAUCCCCAUCCCUCCCCCUUCCCUACCCUCCCCUCUCAGUAGGAGUAGCUACUUUGGUUCUAUAUCCCUUGCUGGUUCGAGACAUGCACUCCACAGUAAAUCUCGGAUGCAAGUUGUGGCACCUGACGAGAUUUUUGAAGCCGAAGAUGGUGUUUUUCACUUAAUAAGUGGUGACACUAUUUCUAAGCGAUCCUUUGAGUCAACGGACUCACUAUUAAUGUUUUUUAGUGAAAAAACUGCUAAGAUUCCUUUGACGCUGCACUUGGAGCGGAAGAAUCUUUUUGAUCAAACCAUCGCAUUUUUCAAAAGUGGAGAGUUGAAAUGGAAUUGCAAAUUAUUGAUAAAAUUCAAUGAGGAAGGCGGUUUUGAUGUAGGAGGUGUCACUCGUGAAUUCCUUGAUGAAUUAAUGCACGAAAUUAGAGGUAACAAUAAUUUAUUCGAGGGAGAAAUUCACCGAAGCUUGAAAUAUUCUCAGAAGCUAUUGUCAAGCAGAGUUUAUUACUAUGUAGGUCAAAUCAUAGUCCUUUCUUUGUUAAACGGAGGACCUGGUCCACACUGCUUUUCGCCUGUGUUGUACAAGUUACUCACUUCAGAUGUUGUUCAAGAUUCUUUAAUCAAGGAAAACGUGCCGAAUCCGCAUUUUGUGCUUGCCAUCAACGUUGGUAAAUGGAACAGUAGUGUUUGCCAACCCUCCCCCUCCUUUUCCCACCCCUCACCCCUCCUUAUCCCAUUCCCUCCUCUCCUAUCCCCCCCUCUCCUCUCCUAUCCCCUUCCCUUCUCUCCUAUCCCCUUCCCUCCUCUCCUAUCCCCUCCUCUACCAUCCCCAUCCCUCCCCCUUCCCUACCCUCCCCUCUCAGUAGGAGUAGCUACUUUGGUUCUAUAUCCCUUGCUGGUUCGAGACAUGCACUCCACAGUAAAUCUCGGAUGCAAGUUGCAAUAGACGUGGCAAUGUUGGGUUAUACAACAGUGGUGUCUUUUUUUUCACGGCCUUCCCAAAAAAAAGAUGCAUUGUAUCAUAAUGCCCGUUUUUGCCCUCUAUGGAAAGGUCUCCAUUUUCACAUUUGGUGAAAAUUUAAAAAAAAAUUCUGGUCUGAGUGAGUGGGAGUCCUUUAAAACUUUUAAAAUGUACAUGAGGUGACAACCAGUGAUUCUGCAAUUCCGUUCUUUUUGUUAUUGCCUAUUCUUUACUUUUGAAUGCGUAAGGAUCUUUCUCUUAAGUACGCAUUCAUGAAGGUACCUUAGUUUACCUUACUUACUUAUUAGCAUGAUGGGGCAGUCGCUAGUGGCUACCAUUCAACUGACUUAUCUCUCCUGUCUUCUCCUCAUCAUUGUUCAUUUAAUUUUUCCAGGUCUCGUAAUUCACUAUGACUUUCCUCUUAUACCUACACCACCUAAUAUUAAUUUAUUUCUGAUGUUUUCUGUAUUAACUCAGUAGAUUUAAUAUUCUCAAUGUCAAUUGUGUGCUCUUUGUGCCUUUUGCAUUUUUUUUCUUUUCUUUUUUUGUUGGUCACUGUACUUGUAAGAAAAAGUUGAAGCCAUAGAGGCUCAAAGUAACUUUGCAAUUUUAAACGUGUAUUUCUUGAAAUAGCAGGAACCGUAUUUAGCAGUCCCUUCCAGUCUCCCCUACUUUCAUUUUCACUUAUUAUUUACCGUAAAAGGAUGCUGCUCUAAGAACUAAAGAGUGGAUAUUUUGAGAUGAAAAGUGUGUGAAAUGUAUCCAUUUAGAUUUUUAGCUGAAUUAUUAUCGUUUGGAGUAAUGUUAUUUAUUCCUCUCAUUUUCAUUAAUAUUAUUUUUUUUAAAACUUAUAUUCCUAAUACUCUUUAUUAUACUCUUUGUUCUUCAUUAAACCACUUGUUGACUUUUACAGAUAGUUGCUCCGUUAGCUACGCUGACGUGCUUAGAAUAUAUUGUAUGUUCUAAUUGUGUAUACAAUUCUCCACAAGUCUUAAUUUUGAUUUGCUAUUUUAAAUUGUUUUCAGAAAAAGAAGGGUCGUACAGUUUAGUAGCUCUUUUCCUUCUUACUUCAGAUUGUAGUAGGUACUAGAGUUUCUGUUCUGGAGACACCCUGAUACUAAUGGCUUCUUUCUUGUAAUUCAAGCACAACAUUGUUUUGCUGAAGAGUAAAGUCAUGAAGGUCAGCACUGUAUUGGUUCAAAUUCCCAGUAGUUUUCUUCAAGUUUGGCGUUUUUUUUCCCACUUUAUUCUUGAACCUUAAAACUAGUGCUCAGUAACUCUAUAUUUCCUUGGAGAAAUUACGCUCGCUAGAUUUUUCUAGAAUUUUUAAAGCACUUUUGGAACCUGCUCUCUCCACUUUAUAGGUUAAAGGUUCUUGGCUCCAAAAAAUUAUGGUUGCAGGGUGUGAAUAUAUUUUCUAAGAAAAAGAUUGAAAAUUUAGGUAAGCUUUGUAUUUCAGCCUACUAAAACCUUAAGAGGUAACUGGACAGUAAUUCUAAAGAUCAAGAACUUAGUGUCCAAAUAAUUCACAGAAAUUCUUUCUUUGAAUCUCUUUAUUGAACACUGUUUAAAAUCUGUAUUGUUAUUAACAUUUUGAUCAGCUUUUGUUCAUUUUCUUAUGCCUUUUCAAAAUUUGAGAAGUGUGAGGUGUAAGUAGCUAGCUUUAAUUUUUUGUUUUGCUUUCCAUAAGAAAGCGCCCAUUAGAGUUAGUUUAUUAUUUCCCAAUGUGACUUUUCUUUCAUUGUAAAUGUUAUUAACUAUUAGUUUUCCAAGACUAGAGAUAGCGCAUAGUCUUCUUGCUGUUUACCUCUUCUACUUACAUUGAAGACUGAUUUUUUAAUAUUUCUCAGGAAUUGCAUUUUAACGCAAGAAAGUUUUGCAUUAGCUCGAAGCGUAUUGUAAACAUUUGUGUAUUUCUUGAUCUCACCCUCGGGUAUUUUGUUCCUUUUUUAAUUUUCCAAUGGCUCAUAGGAAUUAGCUCUUUCCUUUUUACUCUCCUUUUACAGGGUGAUCGAUUUUCUUUGUUUGUGAAAGAUUUGGUACAGAGGCAUUAGUCGAUGAAAUAGGUAGACUCUGGUCGUCAAUGAAAUCCUACAAAUCUGCCUUUCUAAAACGAGUACCUGGAAAGCACCAGUUACAGUGCAAGAGUCCCAUUUUGCACCGAUGUCACUGCCUUAUUUUUUUAUUAGUAUGCUUACUGACCAGCUUAAAUGUUGUCCCUGUCGGAAGAUAGGUAUUUCUAACCAAGUAUCAUACUCACCAAUAUUACUGGAUAUAUGUUAACUUGCAAGAUCCUCCAUACUUUGAUGUAGCAGUUAAUCUCUCUUCGCGUUUCAUGUUCAUGUUCGUUGUUCAGUUAUUUUGAAAUCAAAGACGAAUUUUUGGUAAUCAAAGAUAUUUUAAAAUAAAUAUCUUUUCCCAUAAUUUUUAAAUUCAUCUUGCUGAUUGGACAUUCUACAUACAACACAUGCCGCUUUGACUCUGAUCUACAUCCAAAAUGUUUUCAGUUUAUUAAUGUAUAAUCGUCCUAUUGUCUUUAUGUCUUUACCGGGAUCAUUUUUUGAACGAACAUUUGUUAAAACCUAAAAAUAACCAGAAUAUUUACUCUAUUGUCAUCAUAUAUCAAUUUGCGCAUAGCAUGCAGCACAUGAUUUCCAACUAUUAGUUUCAUACACUCAGUUGCAGUCCGCUCUCAAUAUUUUUAUAAUUAUAAUUUUCUCCAUUUAUGUUCUGUACUUCUCUAAGCAGAUUUUAAGAGGAUUGGCACCACCUCUUGUUUUAUUUUUUUUUUUCUAAGAGUUAAUUCAGAUACUGUGAUGAAAUAUUUUGUUCUUUUUUUGUGAAAGUCAUUUUUGAUUUGUAAAAUAUUUUAUCAGAGUACCUAUUGUGUACAUCGUAAAUAUGUUCGGUGCUAACAUUUUUAUAAUAAAUAAGGCAGUUGCCGUUUUCGUUUCUUUA